CCUCCUGAGGGGCUUUCUUUUCGCUCAGUACCUCGCAACUGACAAAUCCUACCUGCACAAACUCUUCCUGGCCACCGACCCCGCCACCACCACUACCACGCGUCCUGGAAGCCGGGGCUUUGGGGGCGCGCCGCCUCCCCCUUUCCCCGUGGCGGUGCACGCUGGCCGUGCCCAACGCUGAGAGACUUACGGCAGAGGCGGAGGUGGGCACGCUGCUCUCCUGAAACACCGGGGGCGGUCAGCGAGCCCUUGUGAACUGGACCAGCUGCUUCGGGGAGGGGGGAGAUCCGAAGUGGUGAGGCAAAAACCCCAGACCGACACCCCCCCCUCCAAACUCAAAGCCCAAAACACCCCGAGAAAAAAAUUUGGACGGGUGGCUCGCAGUGCUGCUUUCGCAAAAACUCUGGUCCGACCGUGGGCGGCCCCGCUGUAGCCGCCGCCUCGAGGGGGAGAGGACCGCGCCGCCGGGGACGAGGCGCCGGUGUGGAAGUACAAGUGGUGCGGGAAGCGGGGGCGCGGCCACGAGGGGCUGCGGUGCCGCUGUGAGAAGUUGCGCGCCCUGCCCCGCACCGGAGCGGCACUGAGCCCCGGCGAGCCCCCGGCCGCCGCUGCCGCCGCGAUGGUGCAGCAGACCAACACGGCGGAGAACACUGAGGCGCUGCUGGCCGCCGAGACCUCCGAUUCCGGGGCCGGCAUCGAGCUGGGCAUCGCCUCCUCCCCUACGCCGGGCUCCACCGCCUCCACGGGGGGCAAAGCAGACGACCCGAGCUGGUGCAAGACACCCAGCGGGCACAUCAAGCGGCCUAUGAACGCUUUCAUGGUGUGGUCGCAGAUUGAGCGGCGAAAGAUCAUGGAGCAGUCCCCCGACAUGCACAACGCCGAGAUCUCCAAGCGCCUGGGCAAGCGCUGGAAGUUGCUCAAGGACAGCGACAAGAUCCCUUUCAUCCGGGAGGCGGAGCGGCUGCGCCUCAAGCACAUGGCGGACUACCCCGACUACAAGUACCGGCCCAGGAAGAAGGUGAAGUCGGGCAACAGCUCCGCCAAGCCCGGCGACAAGGCGGACAAGGCCGGCGGGGGCGGCGCCGGUGGGUGCAGCGCGGGCGGCGGCCCCGGUGGCUCCGCGGCCUCCGCCAAGCCCGCCCCGAAGAAGGGCGGUGGCGGCGGCUCCAAGCCCUCCCCCACGGGCGGCGGCGGCGCGGGUGCUGGGGGCAAGUCCCACGGCAAGGCGGCCGCGGGCGGCAAGGCCGCCCCUUUCCCUGGGGAGCCGCCCGCCGCGUUGUUGCCGCCCGAGCACCAGGCGCUAUACAAGCCCCGGGGGGCGGCGGGGGCUCCCUCGGGCCCUGGCAAGCCGCUGGCCGAGAAGAAGCUGAAGCGGGUCUACAUCUUCGGGAGCGGACAGGCGGCGGCUGCCUCGGCCUCCCCUGGCAGCGCCGUGCCCGGCAGCCCCACACUUAGCAGUUCGGCGGAGGCCGGCGACCCCUUGAGCCUCUACGAAGAGGGAGGCGGUGGGGCGGGCCGGCCCGACGGGGACUGCGGCGGCACCGGUUGCCCUUCGCCCUCCGGCUCUGGCUCGCCCGCGGAUCACCGCAGCUACACCAGCCUGCGCGCCUCUUCCCCGGCCCCCUCGACGGCACAUUCCUCCUCCGCGUCCUCCCACUCCUCCUCCUCUUCCUCCUCCGGCUCCUCUUCGUCCGACGACGAGUUUGAGGACGACCUCUUGGACCUGAAUCCCAGCCCCGGCUUUGAGAGCAUGUCCCUGGGCAGCUUCAGCUCCUCUGUGCUCGACCGGGACCUGGAUUUUAACUUCGAGCCUGGCUCGGGCUCGCACUUUGAAUUCCCGGACUACUGCACGCCGGAGGUAAGUGAGAUGAUCUCGGGUGACUGGCUGGAGUCCAGCAUCUCCAACCUGGUCUUCACUUACUGAGGCGAGAGCCGGGCGCUGCUGGAAGAGGCAAAGGCGCGCGUUGUCAGCAGGACUCGCCCACCCCCACCGGGCCGCUUUUGUUUCGAUGUUGGUUUGUUUUGUUUCCUGGGAAGGGGCUAGUGAGACUGCUUCUUGUGCUCGGGGCGAGCGGCGGCGGGAGCGGGAUCGCUCUCUCUACAGAAAGGCCAGCAAGCUCCCUUCCUCCGGCCGCAGACAGACCCGUACACACCCCCUCCGAGAGACCAGCCUGACGUGGCUUUUUCAGAGCCUGGCGGGAGUGAAAUGCUGCCUUUUUCCUUUUUUAUUUCUUGAAAAGAGACAGAGAAGGGGAGGAGGGGGGACACCACACAUGCCUCUGGGUUCUCUGUUAUUGCCCACUUCAUGCGAAUGAAGAGGAAGGGGAGCGAUGCGUUGUGCCGAGCACACACUGGAUGUGUUGACUGUUUGCUCUUUGGUGUGAAAGAGCGAUCAGAACUGCUUGGGGAAAAAGAAAAAAAAA